GUUCAGCCUUAUUUAUACAUUGUGUGUCAAAGAAAGUGAGUUGGGGAAAGAUUCCAGUGUCCAUUGAAUUGAUGGUUAAAAUGGAGACUAAAGAAGGGUGCCAAGAUGCGGGGACGGUUAGGAAGUAUGGACAGCUUUGAACGUUGCAACAGCCUUGCAUCAGAUGCUUCCAGGGACGCUUCUCCAGGGGAAUCCCCUCCCAACUCUCCACCCGUCAGCCCCCGGGCGUCCCCCAUCUCCUCACUGGGCCAGCAUUUCACAGAGGAAGAUCCCGACUCGCCGCAGUUCCGGAGACGGGCUCACACUUUCAGUCACCCGCCAUCAAGCAGCAAGCGGAGAAUCAGUUUUCCCAAUGAGAAGUUGGCCCACAGCCGCUCUCCUAUCUUUCGCCAGCAGUCGGAGAUUAUUCGGAGCAG